UGAGCCCACUUAUGAAAGAGUGUUUUCCAGACUCCCCCACGGCCGCAGGGUACCGGUCGGCACGGACUAAGACUACAUGCAUUGUUAACGGCGCACUUGCUCCAUACUUCCAUCAUCAGCUGGUAAAGCAGCUACGAGAGCAGCCGUUCUCCCUGUCGACAGAUGGUUCAAAUGACACUGGCUUGGAAAAGAUGAACCCUAUGACUGUCAAACUUUUUGACAUUAAUCAAGGAGUAGUGUACCGAUUUCUGGACAUGUGCACAACAAGUGGCUCAGCUGCGGCGACAGCACAAACUAUCUUCAGUAAGAUGGACGAGGUGUUCUCAUCGGAGGAGAUUCCUUGGCAUAAUUGUAUUGCCCUGUCUCUUGACAAUGCGAGUGUCAACAUGGGAGUAAGGAAUUCCAUUAAAUCCAGUGCUGCACGUUAA